AUGAAUAAACUAAAUAAACCUGAAUCAAGAGUUUAACGCAACAUUCGAAUAGUUAUGUCCAAUAUCAAGGAGGAACAAUAAUAAAAAGUUGUAAAAUAUUUCAGUCAUCUCAAACAAGAUGCUGAGUUAGCAAAACCUAGAUAUGCUCAUUCUUAAUUUCCAUAGUAGAAAUUUUAUUAAACUGUGGCAGAACCCAGUCUCAUUGAUUUUUCACUUGAAAAUCUGAAUCUAAAAGUCAGUAGAGUGGGAACCCUAGUGGAACCCAUGAUUCCAAUAGAAGAAAUUCCGCAUAAACCAAUAAUUAAGAAAUUUAAAGUCUUGAAGCAUCCAGUGUUCCUAACUGAAAAUACAAUUAACAAGAUAGAACCAACUGAAAGACAUAAUGAAUUACCUACAUCGAUAAAAAGAAGCACAAAAUAAUAAAUGAUGAAUAAUGAAAUUCUUCAUCGCUUAGGAUUGCUGAGUGUACAAGCUAAGCGAGAACUCCAAAUUGAAAAACUCAGCAACAGAGCUCUCAAGGUUUCCAAAAGCAAAGAAAUACCUUCAAAAGUUCAUAAAUAACUCGAAGCAAUCACAUAAUAGUUGAAAGAGAAUGAGAAGCCAGAACUCAUUUAAUUAACUUAAAGAUGUACUACCUCAGCAUCUGGUGCAUCCAGAAAAGCCUACGAUUAUCAAGACGAGUAUUUAGUGGAUUGUCUUACUGAAAGACUUAAUUUGGUUUACAGUGUUUCGACCUUUAAGAAUAGACCUCAAACAAGAUUAGCUAAGAGAAAAAUUCACAACUUUUUCAAAACAGUAACCAUGGCGCAUCUGGAGAACUUAGACGAAAUUAAGAAGGAUGAUCAAAGUAUUCAGAUUUAAAUUAAAUCAAUUAAAGAGAAGUUAUAAUUAUGUAAGAGACGCCUACUAGAUUAUAAUGAUGAGAUAGAAAUAGCCCUUACAGAAGAUAUUAAAGGGCAAGUCAUUGAAUAUAAAAAUAUUAUUAAAAAUAAUAAAAAAUGA